AUAUGAGUAUAAAAUUUGUUGUUUUCAUUUAAACUGAGGGCUAUGGCGGACAACUACAAUCCCUAUGAAAACCGUGCUGUGGAAGCCCCCAUAACGAAUACGGGGGCCUUUGUGUCGCUGCUCAAGGGCGUUAUAGGAACAGGAAUCCUGGCCCUGCCCCUUGCCUUCUCCUACACGGGCUGGAUGUGCGGCGCCAUCUUGCUGAUCCUCACGACGAUCAUGCUGAUCCAUGGCAUCACUCUGCUUGUCAUGUGCAUGGUAGAGUCCGCGCGGCGGCAGAAGCAGGGCUACUGCAACUUCUCGGACACAAUGGUGUUCUCCUUCGGCGAAGGACCCAAGUGGUGCAAGUACUGCGCCAAAGCCGCUGGCUUCCUGGUGGACUUAGUGCUCAGCUUCUCCCACUACGGCGUCUGCGUGGUCUAUCUCGUGUUUGUGGCCGUCAACCUGAAGCACCUGGCGGAACAGUUCAAGUUCGACGUGGACCUGCGCAUCUACAUAGCGAUCGUAGGGCUGUGCACGAUACCGCUCUUCCUCGUGCGGCACCUCAAGUACCUGGUGCCCUUCAAUAUAGUGGCCAAUAUCGUCAUGUAUGUGGGCUUCUUUAUGAUUUUUUACUACUUGUUUCGGGGCCUGCCACCCAUAACGGAUCGCAAGUUUUUCAACGAGCCCUCCAAGUAUCCUCUCUUCUUCGGCAUCGUCCUGUUUUCCGUCAGCUCUGUGGGAGUGAUGCUGGCCAUUGAGGCGAAGAUGGCCCAGCCGCAGAAUUACAUCGGCCUGUUCGGCGUCCUGAAUCUUUCCGCCGUUAUGGUCGUCAUCUCCUACCUGCUAUUCGCCAUCAUGGGCUACUGGAAGUACGGACCGCUAGUUGACGGCAGUAUAACCCUCAAUCUGCCCACCGACGAAGUAAUCUCGCAGAUCUCCAAGGCGCUGAUCAGCCUGGCUUUGUUCCUGUCGUACCCCCUGUCCGGCUAUGUCACCAUCGACAUCCUUGUGAACCACUACCUGAACCGCGGCGACCGGCUGAGGCAUCCGCACGUUGUGGAGUACAUUUGCCGGGUGUGCUUCGUGCUCGUGAGCACCGUCACUGCGGUGGCCUUCCCCAAUCUGGGGCCCCUGCUGGCCUUCGUCGGCGCCCUCACCAUAUCGCUGCUCAAUCUGGUCUUUCCCGCCUGCAUCGAUAUGUGCCUCAACUACCACGCCCCCUACACCUACGGCAAGCUGAGGUGGCAGCUCGUCAAGAACAUUCUGCUGAUCAUCGCUGGCCUGCUGAUCCUCGGCUACUGCUGCACCCUGUCCGUUCAGGACAUGAUAAAGGAGUACGGCGGCAGCAAAAAAUCGUUCAGCGCGAAAAACGUGCCCGUUGGAGUGCUGACCCAUGAAUAAAGAAUGCUUUCUGUGGUGA